AUGGAUGUGUCCACGUGGAAAGAAAUGGAGGUGGCACUGGUUAAUUUUGACAACACUGAUGAAAUAAUGGAAGAGCCUUGUUUUUCAAGUGACCUCAAUGCUGCUGAGCAAUUACACAAAGGGCGUUCCAGCUGUGCCAGCCUUCUGUCUAACUGGAGAAUACUCAUCAACAAUGAGAACACCAACAAUGAGACAAUAUUCUCCAAAUUGUCUGCUGAGUUCUGUGACCACUUGGGGGCUGAGAACGGGGGCAUGGAUGAGGGUGAUCAGAGGGUAAUAAUCAACAUUGCUGGGCUGAAAUUUGAGACGCAGCUCAAGACACUUCAUCAGUUUCCAGAUACCCUACUUGGAGAUCCUGAGAAAAGAAUGCAUUACUUUGAUUCCAUGAGAAAUGAGUACUUCUUUGACAGGAAUAGGCCCAGUUUUGAUGGAAUACUGUAUUACUAUCAGUCUGGAGGUAAAAUUCGGAGACCAGCUAAUGUUCCUAUAGAUAUCUUUGCUGAUGAGAUCACUUUCUAUGAACUUGGUGAAGAAGCGAUGGAUCAGUUCAGAGAAGAUGAAGGCUACAUUAAGGAUCCUAUCACCCUUUUGCCAUCCAAUGACUUUCAUAGACAGUUCUGGUUGCUCUUUGAGUACCCUGAAAGCUCAAGUGCAGCCAGGGGUGUGGCUUUGGUCUCAGUUUUGGUCAUUGUCAUUUCUAUUAUUAUUUUCUGUGUAGAGACUUUACCUGAAUUCAGAGAUGAGAAGGAGCUAAAGUAUGAAAGUAAUAAUGUAACCAACACUGUUAUGGCAUCUAAUACUUUCACAGAUCCUUUCUUCAUAAUAGAGACUGCUUGCAUCAUUUGGUUCUCUUUUGAACUAGUGGUCAGAUUCAUUGUUUGCCCCAGCAAAACCGAGUUCUUCAAAAAUAUUAUGAAUAUCAUUGAUAUUGUAUCCAUCAUUCCAUAUUUCGUGACCCUUACUACCGAGCUGAUUCAACAUAGUGAGCUGAAUGGCCAGCAGAAUAUGUCUUUGGCCAUCCUCAGGAUUAUCCGCCUGGUCAGGGUAUUCCGCAUCUUCAAGCUUUCUCGGCACUCCAAGGGGCUACAAAUCUUAGGACAGACUCUCAAGGCCAGCAUGAGGGAACUUGGCUUGCUCGUCUUCUUUCUCUUCAUAGGAGUCAUCUUGUUUUCUAGUGCCAUCUACUUUGCAGAGGUGGAUGAAUCACAGUCACAUUUCUCCAGCAUACCUGAUGGCUUCUGGUGGGCUGUGGUCACCAUGACGACUGUUGGCUAUGGAGACAUGUGCCCUACCACCCCGGGGGGAAAGAUAGUGGGGACUCUGUGUGCUAUAGCAGGGGUGCUCACCAUCGCACUGCCUGUGCCAGUCAUUGUGUCCAAUUUUAAUUAUUUCUACCACAGGGAGACAGAAAACGAAGAAAGACAAGUCCUGCCUAGAGAGAUAGAAAAAAUACUAACUAGGGCAGCCACAGGGAAUGGGAGUAUAGAUUCCUUGAAUAUCACAGAUGAAAACUUUUCUCAAGAAAAGAAAAAAAUGUAUUGAACGCUCACACCUUGACAGAAUUAAGGGACAUUGCCUACCAAUGCAGACUGACUGCUAUAUCAUGCCCACACUGUGUAACUCUUCUCCCCUCUCUUUAAAUAACAUA